AUGGUCCCAUUGACCAGUAACUUGGCCGCAGCCUCAGUGUUCGUGCUGACCUGCAUGUGCGUCCUGCCGCCGCUGCGGGGCCAGAAGCCGGGCCAGGUGGACCCGCUGACGGUCCCCCGCGCAGACCCGCAGUGCUGGGACUCCUCCUCGGCGCUGCUGCUGGAGAUGCGCUCCCCGCGCAUCGCGGACACGGUGCCCGCCUUCUGGGACCUCAUGGAGUCCCUGAAGACGUCGGACAACGGGAAGCACACGGCGCUGUUCUGGGACCUGGCCCAGGUGUUCUGGGACAUCUACCUGGACUGCGUCCUGUCCAGGAGCCACGGCCUGGGCCGCAGACACAUGACCUCAGUUCACUCCCUUUUUACUGACAGGUCAUUCAGGUUCAACACCUCAGGAGUGAACUCUCGCGCAUGGAUCAGUGUUAAAGUGAGACGCAGAGGACAGAUCACAACCCUGAAGACCGAACCAAAAUAAAACCCACCUCAACACAAAUAAUUAAAGAGGAUUUCUUUAUUUUACCACUAAUUGUGACAUCCUUACUCUUAGAUAUACAAGGUUCCCUGCUUUAACUUCACCAUAGACAUGUUUUUAAUUCAUGAUAAAUUA